AUGGAGCUUGGUCUUGUGGGUAUUGGAGAGCAUGUCAACGCAUUAUCCUCAGGCAAGUUCAUCGCGGACUUGCCGAUUCUCUCUCGAGAUCCCCGCCUACCAGAAUCUCAACCCCCCCAUGACGGCGUUAGUACUCCGACUGGCAUCAACAGCGUGGCUGAGACUCCGCUUAGCUCUAGAGAGUCAGACUCUGAUUCUGAUAUUUGUGGCUCUGAUUUUGAUCUAGAGAGUGCCGCCAACAUUGCUUUAUCCCGUUGCUUUGGGGUAAGUCUCAACCGGCUCAGUCAUUCUGUUCGUGUCAUCGAGGCGUUCUCGAAAUUUAAAGAUCAGUGCGUCGAAAUUCUGCAAGAAGAGGAAUCAUUUUCGACUAUUGACUGGGAUGACGACGGAUUCUCCUGUUAUGAUGUCGAAGAAGGAGAUGCUAGCAACGGCAGUUCGGCCUUUGGCGAGACCUCAAAUCGAGCUCAACGAUCAGAGUCAGGAACAAAGAAGCGACCGGCUGAAAAACAAGGCGAAGACGAUGGCCACGACGAGAUGGACGAGAAUGCUGGUGAAGACCAGGGCCCAACUAGAAGAGGACGCAUCAAGAGACGACGCAUCGAGUGUCUUAAGAAUUUCAGCUGUCCCUUUAGAAAGCGUAACCCCUGCAGGUUCAAUGCUCGGGAUUUUGAUGCCUGUGCCAACAAAUCCUAUAAAAGUAUGGCGGAAUUGAAGUAA